UCGCGAUUGCGUUAUCGUUAUCUAGACUAUACGAUACUAAACUCCAAGAUGGCGGAAAAAAUUGUUGUCUGUUUCUAAGACGGCCGAAAAUAUAUUUAAACUGAAAAUUUCCAUCUAAGAACCACCAUGCCGCCGAAGCGACCAUCUUCAGCUCGAAGGAACAUCAAGCAUGUCACAUUUUCACCAUUUGUUAGUUGUGCCAGGCUUCGUCAUGUCCAAUCCUUGUUGAGAAACCCUGGAGAGACAGACUCUACUAAACCAGAUGCUAUCCUCUGUAUCUUGGGUAUCGACUGCAGGUACAAUGAAGGCAGCAGAGAACUUGCAAACUACCUUCUGUUUGGAUUCUUUGACACUCGGCAGGCAGAGCUUGAAAGUUCUGGUUUUGCAGAGGAAACGAUCGAUGAUCUCAUGUUUGUGAUCAAGAAGAAUAGCAUCCACGUGUACUGCAACCCCACCAACUACUGUUACCUCCUGCCUUAUGUAGCCCACUGGCCAGGCUUGAGGUUCCAUCUUAUGACAGAGGCCGAGUAUGAUGAAGAAGAAGAAGCGGAGGAAUUCAAGAUUGUCAGUUUCUUGGACAUGGUCAGAGGCUGUCCUCUUGUAGGCAUCCCUUACUUUGCUAAAGGUCACUCCCAGCCUUUCAACCCGAUGUUGGUGGAGAAAUGGCCCAUUGUGCAAGCGUACGGAUUAGAGGGAUACGCAACGGGUGGAUUCUUUACUAUGAUUCACGAGGCAAGUGACAUUAGCAGUUCUCUGGCAUCCAUCUACGACAUUGUUGACCCUGUUGCCUUGGAGACGAUGGUCACCAAUCAACUGCCCCUCUUUGAACGCCAGUGGUCAUCCCUGCUGACCAAUGUGGACGUAUCCUUCAAAGCUAAAGCAUUUUCAACCCUUUUGGAAGGAAUGGUUGGAGAGCCAUUGAAGAGCUACUACAGCCAUGGAAAGGGGUCCAAUUCAAGCAACAAUAAAGGGCAAUCUGGUAGGAAGCCAUAUGUCCUGUUUGGUCAGAACUCAGUGAGAGCUCAUAUGAAGCUGACCCAAGAGGGUGGAUUCCUCCCGGGGAAGACCCUUCACAUAUCAGGCAUAGGAGACACACCAGCUAAACACAUGAUCUGUCAGUUGGUUGCUCCCAGGAGCCCUCUGUGUUGCGCCAGAACCUACUUCACUUCCAGUGGCCACGCCCCCUACCCCAUCACAGGGGGGUCCGCUCAGGCGCCACGCCCACCAAAGACAGACAUUGAACUUCUGGAGAGACUAUAUAAGGUUGUGAUUGAAUCUGUCUUGGCAUCAAUCACUGAGUAUUGCAAGACUACUAGCUACUCAAAGGCUGAAGCAUGUUGUCUGUCAUCACUGAAAGAAGGAUUUGCAGAGGAGAACCUCAAACUGGGCUCUGGCUUCCUCACAAACAAAGCCAACAUUGACUUCACCCUAGACGCACUCACCAAUGAAGGUAACACCGUAGAGCUCAAAGAUGACAAGGUCCCUCUCAUCAAACUGGUGUCAUUGGUGGUGUAUGAUAUCCCCAGUGUUGAGCACCCCAAUAACAGUGUUGGGUCUGUGGUGUUUGCAGAAAGCUUUUUUGACUCGGCCAUUCCAGUGCUCCAAGAAGAUGGAAGCAUUGAGAUGAACACAGAGAGUCUCAUUCUGACCAGGCACCUUCCUAGGACUAUCACUUGGGCUCCGGAAAUGAAACCAUCUGACAUUGAGAAUGGUAUCAGCGUCUACACAAAGAAUCCUGAGGGUCCUUUUGGCAAUGUGCUCCUGGAUGGUGUGAAGUGUACGAUGCUGGGCAGCGUGGAGCUGUCCACACCAAGUGACGGUGUGCUCUAUGUGUUUGAGAAGGGCAUCAUCUUCAGUCAUCCACGCAAUGGUCUCACAGUACUACCAAAGUCAUACUAUGAAGAGCUCCAGUUCUAUGAUGGGGGUUCAUCCAGCGUGUUAGCCUGUUUGAUGAUCACCUACAGGCAUUCCCUACAGUACUAUCAACCCCUGCAGAACCACAACACAGGAGACAUGGUCAUGUUCACCUUCCCACCCAAGACCAACGCCUACAGAAUGAUGUAUAAAGAGGUGAUUGGAAGAUGGCAGCAAGAGAAUGAAUCUCCUGUUCUGAAACAGGUGGAUGUCGUGCCUGAAUACUAUGCCAAUAGAUACAAUGAGUUGGAGCAUAACUUUGAGACAGAUGCAAGAAUGAUGAAAAAAGUUCCAUCUCUCACCCAGGCCAAUGUGUACCUCUCCACACUCAACAGUUUCUUGUCUCACCUGUCGGUAAGCAGUGUUGACCCUGCUCCGGUCCGUAAGGCUGACCUCCCAUCCAUCCUGGAUCCAUCCACUGAACAGUCCCAGCCUAGCUCAGAUCCAGAUGAGGUUGUGAUCACCCUGUUGACCGGUAUAACAGGGAGCCACAAGGAGACCCUCUGUACCACCCUCACCAACCUAGCAAAGGAUUAUAACAGAUGGGCUGUCUUGAGGGCUCCCUUUGGCGUUCCUCAUGCAUACAACCAGAAGCAGCUUGAGGCCUCACUGACAAACAUCGUCACGGCAGCAAGACGACAGAGGGCGUCGAUCAGGGCUUCCACCGGAGGCAGGAAGAAGAUGAGAGUUCUCAUCAUGACACCAGGGUUCACGGACACAGUCUCUGUGGUGUCGGCCAUCUUGAAUCACCCCAACGCUGACAUCAGAGGCUCCCUGAAGAUAGGAGCUGUGACGGCUUGUGUGGAUCCGCUCACAACCUUCAUUGAACACAGAAUGACAUUCCCCUUGUUACUUGAUCAGUGUGCUCAAGGCUGGGUCAAUAACAUCCUACUAACCAGCUGCACAGAGGGACCGCAUCCAGAGCUUAUGUUCAUUCAGGAGCUCCUGCGCAAGGUCAACUCUGACAUGGCCUUUAUCCUAGCCAAUUAUGGAGAAAUCUCAAGGAGUGGUGAUGCUGAAUUGAUUCUCUCCGAGACGGCUUUCAUGGAACCAAGCAAAGUGAGAGCAAGACAUCUGCUCAUCCCACAAUGGUCAUCGCCAGAGUUCAGCAGGCAGUUGACCCCAGCCAUGACCGAGGUCAGUCUGAAGUUCAGCCAGCCACUGGACAGGUCAAGACUCCUGCCCAAGAUGAGAAGCCUCCGGUCAUCCCUGGACGCCAGUCCUUUCCAGGGUAACAUCUACCACAUUGAAGCAAGGACAAGAUUCAAUGAAUCAAGUCAGGUGAUGGAACUGACCUACUCCACUAUGAGCGGCCAUCUGACCGAGUGCCCCGCCCCUGAGGUACCGGCUGCUAGACCCCCUACCGGUACCCCCAGACCUCCCCCCUCACCAGGGGCUACCACCAACGGCCGGCCUGCCGAGGCUGGAGGGGAUAACAACGGCCACGAGGGUCUUCAGCAUUGCUUCAUGUUCACAGGGUGUGGUCUGCAGGAGGAUGCGCUCAAGGAGUGGCUAAGGGCUUGUGCAACACCGAAACCAACUCCUAAAGCUUUGAAGACCAAAUCCACUCUGUCAGCUUCUGAGAAGAAACAGCUCCAUGAGAAGCAUCAUCUGGCCCCACUACCAGCAGGCUGGUUCUACAAUGGUAGUCAAUAUGUCAGCAUGUCUGGAGAGAAGGCCAAUACACACCCAGAAAUGGACCAGUUCAUAUCAGAGUUCGUAGAGAAGACCAACCUUGCAACCAAGGAAUACAACGAUGGGAUCGCUGCUCAGGGGUACAAGGAUCUGUUCCAGUGAAUCAGGGCCAUGUUAUGCCUCGGCCACACCCACGCCUGGUCGCCCCGUCAUCAAACCGACCCCACACUGAAUCCAAUACGUUCGAUCGUUUUGGCCUUCAGGGGUUAUUUAUUCUUUUGAUCAGUCUGGUGUUGGUCUCGUUGGUGUGACUGGAGUACUGAGCAUUGUUAGAACCUGUCAUAAUUACGAAGUUUGUCAUAAAAAAACAAAGAGUGAGAAGGAAAAAAAGAGAAAAGGUUUACUAUGUCAUUGUUGGAUGUUAUAAUGCUAUUUACGGCUUUGACAUGAUAAAACCCAGGUUUUUGAAUUGUAGCCUAACUCUCAAUGAUAUCAUUUCUAAAUUUUGCCCUCCGUACUAUUCCUAGAUGGUAAUACAUGUAAUAUCAUUAGGUAUAAAGGAUCUCGUGUGGAAGCUUUGAGCAUUAUAAAGUUUUGGUAUGACAUAUACUGCAACAUGUUUCUGAUGGUCUUUUUAAUUUAAACCGAUGCAAAAGGGAAGUGUAAAUUCAUAUGAUUUAGUGCUUUUAGAUGAUCUUUUCAUAAAUUUCACUGGCCUGAUUAUUUUCUUUCAAAGUAAAAUUUUCCUGAGUUUCCUUUUUAUUAAUGGGGGAGGGGGCAGUUUGGAGGAUAAUAAUUAUUGCAAACCUUCAAUUAGAGGUUUGGGUUAUUGUAACCAAACACCAAUGUGUAUAGACAAUCUUUUAUUUAUUUAUUUGGUUUUUUUAGUGACUGAUGUAAUGUUGAUUUAGUUUCAUACACUCUGCAGUAAACCCAGAAAGGUGCUUGAGGUGCGUUUAAAUGAGUCACUCAAAAGAAAUGACUGAAGAUUUUUUUUUUUGCUGUCGGGUUUCUCAAAAGACUGCACUUUUUAACCAGUUCAUACGUGGACAUACAAGUACAUAUGCGAUUAAUUGUAUGCGACUAAGAAUGCACCUCGUUCUCACUGUACAAAACGUUGAUCACCUCUACAGCCCGAUUGUCUACCGUAAUUAUAUAAAUAAUUAUAAAUUUCUGUUGAUCUGAAUUUUUUUGAAAUUAGAAUUUAUGUCUUUCAGCUAAAAGGCCAUGUACAGCAAAAGAUAUUUUAAUGGGGGUAAGUCUAUCUGUAAUAAAGAUUAUUUACCCAAUUCAAGAAGAGGUCUUUCUUAUAUUAUCAUUAGGCUUAUUAAUACAGUAGCUUGAAGGUACAUUGACAUUUUACAAUUAAAGUCUGUUGUGUGUCAGGCAGAAGGGCAUUUAUACCACAUGCCACAAAGCAUAUUUCUGGUAAGUAAAUUAUAAGGUUUUGAUAGCUUUGAUUUUAAUGCUAUCAGUUUAUGAGGCUUUCGUAUGCAAUAAUAUUUCGUGAAUUCAUCAUAAUCUUAGUAUAGCAAAUUGUCACAUGUAACAGCAUUUCCUUCAAGGAUGCAGCAUUUGAAACUUGUUUGAUAUUUACAUUUUUUUUUUAAAUAAUUUUUAUUAUUAUUACCUUUUUUGGGGGAGGGGGGGGGGGGGGACAAAGGUUGAUUGUGAUGUGCUGAAAUUGAUAUCCCUUUAGACUGAUUGCUUUAUCACAAUGAGCAAGUCACACAGAAGAGCAAUUCUUCAAUGUUAUGACAGUGCACUUCAAAAAGAGAGAAAUUAUUUGUAUGAUCCUUAUGUGCUAAACAUUUUCACAAGUAGUUUCUAAAAGUUUGUUGUUGAAACAGAAAGGAAAGUGCAUGUAAUAUAUUAGAUGUGAUGUUAGUUUUCAUAAGUAUACAUUACUUAGAAGUUGUACAUAUGUUUGUGGCUAAACUUACUGCCACUUUUGUGUUCUUUACCUCUUUCUAUGUGUAUAGUUUAUAUUUAUAGUUUUAGUUUUUUGCGUUCCUUUAGUUAUUUUAAAGAGAAAGAGAAGAAAAAAACUGAAAUGAGGUCUUAUAUCAUCUGUGAAGAGCAAGAAGCGUUUUACUCGGGUAUUAGAUGAGUUUAAUGUCCUGGUUCCGAGCUGAUGACACGGUUUUGUGUAUUCAUUCCAAUUAAAGACCAAAUUAGACAGCCUUCAAUUGCUAUAUGAUCCGUCCAAAAGAACAGUGUCAUUCUAUUGACGAUAAAAAAAAAAACCUUGAAUAUCACAGAUAUCUUUAUCUUUAUGUGUACUUUAAAGAUAGUUUUUAAUGAUAAGAAAGAAAAAGAAGUUUUUAAGCAUGAGCUUUGUUGAAAAUUGUUUCAAGGUACACUAAUGUUUGAUGUGCUUUGCAAAUAAAUUGUUCUAAAAGAAA